AUGCCUCGCAAGAAAAAUACCGGCCCAAUCCUGUUUUGCGAAUGGGUCCUUGGCGCCCCUCUGCCGGCUGCUCGCCGCGCCAUGAAGCCCAAGCCAGCACCAAAGCCAGCACCACCACCACCGCCGCCGGCACCGCCUCCUCCUAGCGAUGUGAUCCGGGUCGAAGUCACCACAGACGAUGAGAAAGAGGAGGACACGCUGAGAAUUACCUUUCCUCGCUCUGGCAAAGCAGCCAGGUCCUCCGUGGCGGAAGUGGCAGAGCAGGCCGCCGAGGCCGUCGUCAAAAAGGUCCGCUUCGAGGACGACAACAAGAAGAGCAGCACUGCCAAGAAAUCUGCCUUGAAGCAAACAAAGGCCGAGGAGUCGGACAGCUCGGCCACGCUGGCGGAGAGCUCCUCCGAAGGCGAGUCCUCCCCCAAGAGCGAGGGCAAGAAAAAGGACAAGAAGAAGAAGAACAAGUCAUCUAGUGACGAGAGCGCUAGCGACGACGAGCCGCACCCGACGUGCACGUGCUCUCGAUGCAUCAAGAAGCGCCGAAAGGCCGGCAAGGAGAAAGCCAGCAGCAAGAACAAGGACAGGAGCGCGAGCGAGUCUGAAGAGGACAGCGCUGCGUCUUCUGACACUGAUGACGAGAAAGCAGCGAAGCAAAAAGAGUCAAAGAAGAAGACGGACAAAAAGCAACAGCAGCAGCAGUCGAAGAAAAAGGAUAAAGGAAAGGGCAAGAAGAAGGAUAACUCGGACGCCGACGACGAGGCCUCCGAGUCGGGCACGGAAACGACCGACGAUGAGCAAGAAGAGGCCAAAAAGCCUACCGAGACCAAGGCCGACAAGAAAAAGGCCACGGCCGCUGCGGACAAGAAGAAAAAGGAGGAGACAAAGGCGGCCAUCGACGACAGCAAGGCCUCCGCCCCCAGCGGCAACGUCACCGGUAAGAAGCCUUCGCCCUUCUCCUACCCGGAAGCCUUUCCCGGUCCGCACGCGCGGAGGCCCAACCUCAUCGCGCCGAUCCGCGCGCAGGUCGUGCAGACCGAGGACGUCGUCGAGACGCCGGACGACCCGCCGCCCAACGCCUUCUACGAUGCCGCCACCAACGUGAUGCGCGUGUACUACGGCCCCGUGUACGGCAACCACAACCCUCAGGCGCGGUCCCUCUACCCGCGGCGCGGGGCGGCCGGCCGGCCCCUGCCCCUCGGCGUGCCACACCCGUCGCAGAACCCGUACUAUUACGGAUUCCAACACGUGCCCGGGUACGAGAACGGCGGUGGCGGCAACCCGUUUCCACAGCAGCCGCCGGGGUUCCCGCCGUUUGUGAUGAAUCCCAUGUUUCAACCGCAGCAACAGCCGCAGCAGCCGCAGCCGCAGCAGGAGGCCGCUCCGGGAGGACAGUACAGUAACGGCGCGUUCAGCAAGAACAGUAACGCGGCAGCGCUGAGCGUAAGCCAAGCCAGCGACAAGGCUGGCGGCAAUAACGUCCUACCGACAAGCAAGAAGAUUGAUGAGAAGAAGACGACGAGCCCGUACUACACGCCCAGCAAGACGGCCGCCGAGCUGCGCGGCCGCGGUCAGAGCCACCACAACAGCCCUGCCAGGUCCGCCGCGGCACCGCCAGCAGACACAAACCACCAGGACACCAACACCUCCGGUUGGGACAACAACAACAACAACAACAACAACAACGGUCAACCAGCGCAGGACACCAACAACACGUGGGGUGACGGCGCGGCGGGCAACGACACCUGGAACGGGAGCGGAGGCAACACCACUUGGGACAAUAGCAACAACACCGGCAACAAUGGCGGUGGUGGUGGUGCCUGGGAUAACAAUGGCGGUGGCGGUGGUAGUUGGGACAAUAAUAACAAUGCGGGCAACAACGGCGGCGGUGAUGGUUGGGGCACUAAUAACAACAACAACAAUGCAACCGACACCAAUAACGGCGGAAGCUCGUGGGAUGCCCCGGCGGCCAGCGAGCCGCCGGCGGAGACCAACAACGUCAUGCCUGGCUCGUGGGAGUCCAUCCCGGUGGCAACGACGGCCACAGAGACGCCGGCAUGGGGCGACCCGAGCAUGGCGCAGAGCACCAACGGUGCCGCAGACUCGUGGUAG